GUCAUCCUAUUGCUGGUGUUCUCUCGUUACACAGGAAUCAUCGCAUCACAAAUGGCACGGAGUGGAUUUUCUGCUUUCCUCCUUUUCCUUGGUCUGGUGGUUUCUUAUGUGAAUGGAAACACCGACUUGUGUGAAACCAUAUUGAAAGCCACCCCUAGCAAUGCCAGCGUUUCAGAUUUUAACUUGACUGUCUCUCCUGCUCACCUUCUUAGCAAUACAAAUUACACUGUUAAUGUGAAAGGAAAUGGCAGUUUUACAGUCCUCUUACGAGCAGUUAAUGAGUCAACUCCAGUAGGGAACUGGUCUCAAGGAACUAGCUGCAAUGGAAGUGCCCUGUUUACUGGUUAUUUCGUAAAUAACACGCUCCUCCAAACAACAUGGACUUCACCAGACAAUGUGAAAAAUGUCACAAUUAAGGCUUUUAUUCACGAUAACACAACUACGUUCCUUUUACAAAAACUCUUAGUCUUAAGCCAAGAUACCAGUCAAACAACUAUAGCACCAGUUACUGUUAACAGCACACAAAAUUCUACAGCACCAGUUACUGCUAACAGCACACAAAGUUCUACAGCAACGACCAUUCGUGUAGCUCAAACCACAAGUGCAGGUUCUAUAGACCAAUCCAGUCUUCUAUCUGUGGCUUUAAGUAUGGUCCUCAGCCUGCUCCUGAUUCCCAACAAGCAUCACGUCUAAUGGAUAUCAUACAACAGGAUGUUUCAUAGACAUUUAAAAAAAAAAAAUGUUUUCAGUUAUAUAUACGGUACAUGAUUUAUUGUUCUGAAAAAAAAUCAAAUUUCUUAAGAGAAGCCAAUCUAGAUUAUGCCAUGAAAUCUAAGUAUACAUUAAAUUGGUUUUCUGUACAGUAAAAAAUAUUCAAAAGAGAGUCAGAAUGGCUUUAAAAAAUUAGAAAAAAAUUCUCACCAAAUGUCUACUGCUCCCAUUCUGAUGCCUAAAGGGUUCCUAGCCUGUCACAGUUUUUUUGUGACUAGUCAUGCUCAAUGGUCACAUUUUCUUUGUUGAGAGGGAUCAAGAUAGUGUCUGAUGGUAACUAAUUCUGACCCUUUUUCAAAAAAAUUUACCAGAAGGUCGCAAUGAUAGAAAUCGAAUGGGUUACUAGGAUUUAAAUUAGGUAAAAUUUGUAGCCUUAUGUAAUAUAAGAAUUUUUGUCGAGAGAAAAUUAAGCAACACCAAGGAUGGUUUUCCUGUUGGACUGUGGUAUCUAACUGGUGGAUUUGGCUUUUCUUUAUUUGUGAUAAUAGUUCUGACAAUUUGUAGCCCUUAAAGGGUUUGUCUCAGUUCAGGAAAUUGAAUUUAUCAUUUAGAGAAAGUUAAUACAAGCCACUUACUAAUGUAUUGUGAUUGUCCAUAUUGCUUACUUUGCUGACUUGAUUCAUUUUUCUAUCACAUUAUACACUGUUCAUUUCCAUGGUUAUGACCACCAUGUAAUCCAGCAGCGGUGGCCGUGCUUGUACACUAUAAGAAAAAGCGCUAGCCUCUCUGGUGGCUGGAAGCCUGGGACUGCAUAUAGGCUGGUGCCUUUUCCUAUAAUGUGACAGCACGGGCACCGCUGCUGGAUUACAGGGUGGUCAUAACCAUGGAAACGGGCAGUGUAUGGUGAUGGAAAAAUUAAUAGAGAUGGGGCCUAAACUUUUUUCACAAAAGAAGACUUGUAAGAAGAAGGUCCUGUUUCAUUUAGUAUAGGAUCCUCUAUCUACUAUACAUUUUAUGCCUCUUCCAGUUAUAAAAUUUGCUAUACAUUAUCGUAGUCACUGCAUCUUCAUCUAACUGCACUGCCAAAUAUAACUUAAGUAAUCCAAUUUGUUCAGACUAAUUUAGUAUAAUAGACAUUUUGCACAUAUUUUUCAUACUUAAUAUCUAUGUCUCUGCUACUGUUCUAAUUUUUAAUAGACCAUUGCAAUUUGAACUAAUGUUUUAGUUAUUGGCACGGCCAUUGAUUUGUAUCAUGUUAAUGCUUGGUUAAAUAUUAAGUUCAGUAAUGGUCUCUUUGUUAGUGGGAACACUGGAUACUUAAUGCAAGCCAGGUAUGAUCGCUAACAUAGUUAACUAGUUAAUAUUUAAUUUUCGUUAAUGGAUAAGCUAUUCAACCGGUGAGAUAUAAGUAUCUAUCAGGUUCAUAUAUAAUAAUGAUAACAUGGAAUGAAUUAUUAGGUGAUUUAUAAUUUUUCUAUAUCUGCUCUAUUGGAGACCGUCAGUCGGCAUUGACGUUAAGCAAUUUUAGGUUAAAAUGUAACCAUGCAUUGCUUAUGAGGUAGACAGGAGGAAAUUAUAUCACUCGCCCCUGUCCACCUCUGCCUCUUGUACAAAUGAAAAAUCCAAAUGACUGAGUUCACCGCGUGCUCAAUUACAGGCAAGUCAACAUAUUAAUAUAUAUGGAGAAGUCUAUUUCUUCAACUUGACCGUCUAUACGCAGUGUGGUCCAUACUUUACCAUCUGCCUGGAAAAAUAUAAAUAGGACUAUAAAGCUGAGAUGUCAAAUAGAUCUAGUGUUUGUACAAAAGGCAGGUGGGACUGAGGGAUAUUAUCUUACUAGAUACUGAUUAUGAGCACAUUAUAUAGUGCAGUUUUUAUUAGCCUGACUAACAUGAAAGUCCACAUCGGCACACAUCACAUGGAGCCAACCAUCUGGUGGUCACAAUAUGAAGAGUAAUGCAAAUCAAUCAAGUUAUGUGUGCCAAAUGUAUUAACCAUGUGUCUUUAUAUAAAAUGUUUUACAAAAA